AUGACCAUCCCCAAGUCUGUCCCCUCCUCCACCGAGGCAGUAUUCCCAUACAUCAACCAUGAUCCAUCUACCCUCCCACACUCCAUAGACCCCUUCACCAUCACCACCGCCUCGGGCUUCAUGCCCUACCAGAUCGCUCCCACACAACUACCUUCCAUCUUCAAACCCCUCACCGACCUUCUGGAACGCAUGCCCGUCCUCACCCUGAACGGCAAACCAGGUCUCCUCGCCACUUAUCAACUCGGAAAAGCCGUCGAAGACUUCCCCGACCUCACUGAUGAGAUUGAUAAGGUGCUGACCAAGGAUGGAAAGAGAGAUUUGUUCAUGCUCACAGCUAUCUUCCGUGAUUAUUCUUAUGUUGCGUCGGCAUAUAUCCUUGAGCCAUGCUGGGAGAAUUGGUGCAAAGACCCUGAGAGUGGUUAUGGUCUGGGUAGGGAGGUCCUUCCUCAUUCUAUUGCUGGGCCUAUGUGGCGUUGUGCUGAGAUUUUGGACCUCCCCCCUUUCCUCUCUUAUGCCGCCUCUUACGCUCUAUUCAACUACACCCUUGACAAUCCUUCCAGGGGUUACGAGUAUGACAAUCUGCGUCUCAUCCGCGGUUUUGAGCAUGGUCUAGACCCGAAGAGCUCCGAAGCAGGCUUUAUCCUCACGCAUGUUGACAUGGUCAAAGAGACAGCUCCCCUGAUCCAUGGUGCGGUCCAGAUCCUUGAUGGGGUGGAGCAUAACAGUCGACGCGCAGCUGUCAAUGAGGGAUUUAGAGAAGUUCUCAAGGCCAUGGAGGUCAUCGAAGCUUCUAUGGAGGAUAUGUGGAAGAACUCCAAACCAGCAGACUAUCUGACCUUCCGCGUAUUCAUAUUCGGCAUCACGUCACAGUCCAUGUUCCCCAAUGGAGUCAUCUACGAAGGCAUCAACGAUAAUUACCCCAUGUACUUUCGCGGCGAAAGCGGUGCCAACGACGCCAUCAUCCCCCUUCUAGACCACCUCCUCCAAAUCCCCAUGCCAGACACACCGCUCACCAAAAUUCUGCAUGAAUUCCGCGCCUACCGCCCCCGCCCUCACCGCGAAUUCCUAUCGUAUGUAGCCAGCACAGCCGAAAAAUUGAACAUUCGCGAUUUUGCGGUUCAGGACGAUGAGACUGCAAUACUGUACCUGAAGACGUUGGAUCAUGUACGUAGUUUCCGGUGGAGACAUUGGCUCUUUGCGAGGGAGUAUAUCAUCAAGCGAACGGCGCAUCCGACGGCGACGGGUGGCAGUCCAAUUGUUACUUGGCUACCCAAUCAACUGUCGGCAGUCAUGGAUCUCAUGGUUGAGAUUUACGAUACAUAUAUCAAGGACAAAGCCACUGCGGCGACCAUCGAUGGUCCUGCACGCACGAACUCGGAGCCGGAUUUGAUUGCGUUAUACAAGAAACAGAUUGUGCCUAUGAUGGAGCAGGUGCAUGAGCAGAGGGAGAAGUUGGCGCGGGAGGUGGAAAGGUGGUGCAAGGAAAGGGGUGUUUGA